AUAGGACUACGCACGGUCCUUUUCACUGCAGACGACGGCUGAGUCCGAUUCACUCGCACCGAGACACACUGUCAUAUAUUAAUAUAUAUAUUAUAGUCAGGUUCACUGGCCCGCGCCGCGAUCGAUCGAUCUUUUCGAACACCGUUUUCUUUGCAUAGAGACGCUUUUCCGACGGAAUCUUGUCGUCCGUCGACCGCUGUGUAAACAGUAUAUAUUUAUUUAAUAUUAUUAUAUUAUCGACAACGACGACGACAACGAUGUGCGGAACGGCAAAUCACAAGUCAGAACACGGACACGGACAUCCACACCACUUGUUCAGAGUGCCGGCGGCCGACGCAGCCGCCUACGAGUAUUUGGCUAAAGAGAAGAAGGCACCGGCGGCGAUGGCGACUAAACGGCCGGCCGACCGGAAGAAAACCGGAGACGCGCUGACCGCCCUCACCAGAAGCACCGUGGACAAGUUCACGUCGUACUUCGGAGAGUUUCAGAAAUCGCCGGCUUACAAGGUAUUGUUCUUCACGCAACCAGCUCACGUGAUAAUGGCGUUAGCUGUCACUCUGGUAGCUGCGUCGAUGUUGCCCGGCGAUAUGAAGAAAACAUCGAACGCCACUGGAGAAAGCGUCAAGCCCAGGACUUUCGUCAACUUUGUUUACCUGGCUGCGUUCUGCACGCACGUGGGCGCCCAGUUCUGGAUGACAUUCAUUUCCGGGUUGAGCUUGUACUUUAACUUGGCCAGACACGCUUUCGGCGACGUUCAAAAGAUCCUGUUUCCCAAAUACUUUUCGCUAAACAGUCUGUUAAGCGCCAUCACGCUCAUCCAAUUCGGCAAGAUGCACGUCGCUGCCAACAUGUGGGAUGUACACACGUAUUUACAGUUGUUCGUGUUGAGCCUGUGCUUCCUGCUGGAACUGAUGAUCCGGCUGUACGUGGUGCCGCCGCUGUUGCGGCUCAUCACCGUCAAGACGGCCAUCGAGAAGUCGGCGGGCGUCGGCAACGAAGUGGGCCGCUACGACCUGGGCCCACUGGUCGACUGCCCUCAUUACAUGGCCAUCCACAGGGCUUUCCGGCAAGUGCACCUGUUCGUGGCCAUCGGAAACGUGGUCACCAUGAUGUGCACUGCCUUCCACUUGGCGUACAUCGCGGCCUAAUGCCACCACAGCCGCCGCCGCCGCCGCCGCAGCAGCAGAACGACCGGAAGUCUUCCCUCCCCCACCACACACACAAAAACCCAUCAUUCGCCGUGCAUUAUUAUUAUUAAUAUUAUUUAUACAUUACCAGUAAAAUAUGUGUUACAGUGACGGCGGCGCCGCGCCAAAUGUCGUUGUCCGUCGUGAGGCUGCAGCAAUAAUCGUCACUGUAACUAUAUUAUCAUUCAUAUAUAUAUAAUAUAUUAUAUUAUUAUAUUUUACACUAUAUAAUACUAUACUAUAUAUUCAAUGCCGGAUUUAAGUCUCUGGGACCCACCGGAGUGCGACUACUAAUGUCGCAAGCCCUUUCAAAAAAAAAAAAAAAUAUAUAUAUAUUAAAAAAUUAAAAAAAAAAGAUAAAAAAAAAUAAAAAAAAAUUUCGACUAACAAAGUACACCCCCCGUUAAAUCCGGCAUUGUCUAUAUAUAAUACUACGCCUACUACCAAUAUUACUACUACCACUACUACUACUAUAUAAUAUAUAUAUAUACAUACAUAUCUGCUGCACGCGCCGCCGUGCGCUCAUAUAACAUACAAUACUAUGUUUUCAAUUGCUAUAUAUAUAUAUACAUAUACCUCUAUACCUAUUCUAUAUACACGGGGUCAUUCGUAUAUUAUAACUUAACUGGCUUUUCGUUUGUUUAUUUUUUUCUUUUCCACCGCCGUUCCGUAUCUCUAGUUCAAUAGAAAAGUGCAUGGUUUAUUUUGCUUUACCGCGCCACUGAAAAUUAAUUUUACAACGAUUAUUGUUUAAUACUUUAAUAUAUAUAUAGUUACACGUUAUAGGCGACGACGAUGAUCGAUUUAAUUAAACGGAGAUGUCGUCGUCCGCUGAUGGCCACCGGCCAAAGUACGUAUAUAUAGUGUAGCGAGCGCCGUUAGGGAAAGUGAACGAAACAUGCCUGUCGCGGGCGACUUGUCAUUUUCACGUUUUCUUCAUUCCGAAGACACUCGACGCAUUUAAUAUAAUAUAAUAUAUAUUCGCACUCGUUGCGAAUACGAAGUCAAGGCACGGUCGGCGGCACACGAUGUGUCAUGUGUGUGUGUGUGUGCGUGUAAUAUCAUGCAAACAUUGCGAAUAAAUUAAUACGAUAAACGUAAAAAAAAUAAUAUUAUAACGAAAUGCACUUUACAGUUCGAUUUUCUCUCCAGACCUUUGAGACGCACUAAUUUUUGUACACGCGAUAUCAUAAUAGUUGUAUUAUAUCGUGCACGCACGCCGCUCCGGACUUCCGCGUCUGUCUCGUAUCUUACAUCCGGGACCGUGUCUAGUAUAUUGUAUUAUUAUUUGCACAAGACUCGACGACGCACGAAUAAUAAUAAUAAUAAUGGUACGCACAGGUUGGAUAUUUUCUGAAGAAAAAUAAAAAACCAUACAAUCGUUCUUAGACCUAUGCUGUAGUGUAGCCCGCGGCGGCCAAAAAGAAUUCAUCAUGUUGUUAUAACAAUAAUGUCAUAAAAAUAUAUUUGAUACGCACGCCGGUACGCACAUAAUCCUAUGUGUGUGGGUACACGGUCGUAUAUAUUGUCGAACGGUUCCUUUUUUUAUUUAUAUACCGCGUUCGUUCGCAUAGGUGUAAUAUUAUGUUUUUAGUGAUAAAUAAUUGGAGUGCGCGAAACUCGUCAAGAAAGACUGCAGUGUAUUUUUUUUUUUUUUUAACGUAAUCUCUAUUUUAUUAUUAUCCAUGCGUCUUCUGAGCAGAUCGAUAUUAACUUUUAUAAGUGAAUUUUUUUUUUUUUUUUAUAACAUUUUAUUUUCUCUUAGUUCCUAUAUUUAUUGUUGCAAACGUCUAUAGUUGUACGUAAUAUAUAAUAUAUAUUGUAACACAAUAAAAUAAAUAUAUUGUUAUUAUAUAAACUA